GCCCAAGGCCCCGGGAGGCGCGGGUGCCCCCCGCUUGCCAGCGCGCUGUUGCGGCCCCGAAACUUCUGUGUGCAGCCCAAACGAACCCCACGUGAAGUGACGGACUGUUCUAUGACUGCAAAGAUGGAAACGACCUUCUACGACGAUGCCCUCAACGCCUCGUUCCUCCAGUCCGAGAGCGGUGCCUAUGGCUACAGUAACCCCAAGAUCCUGAAACAGAGCAUGACCCUGAACCUGGCCGAUCCGGUGGGCAGCCUGAAGCCGCACCUGCGGGCCAAGAACUCGGACCUCCUCACCUCGCCCGAUGUGGGGCUGCUCAAACUGGCGUCGCCCGAGCUGGAGCGCCUGAUCAUCCAGUCCAGCAAUGGGCACAUCACCACCACGCCGACCCCCACCCAGUUCCUGUGCCCCAAGAACGUGACAGACGAGCAGGAGGGCUUUGCCGAGGGCUUCGUGCGCGCCCUGGCCGAACUGCACAGCCAGAACACACCGCACCACCUGCCCCAGCAGAUCCCGGUGCAGCACCCGCGGCUGCAGGCCCUGAAGGAGGAGCCGCAGACGGUGCCCGAAAUGCCCGGGGAAACACCGCCCCUCUCCCCCAUCGACAUGGAGUCCCAGGAGCGGAUCAAGGCGGAGAGGAAGCGCAUGAGGAACCGCAUCGCUGCCUCCAAGUGCCGGAAAAGGAAGCUGGAGAGAAUCGCCCGGCUGGAGGAAAAAGUGAAAACCUUGAAAGCGCAGAACUCGGAGCUGGCGUCUACAGCCAACAUGCUCAGGGAACAGGUGGCACAGCUUAAACAGAAAGUCAUGAACCACGUUAAUAGUGGGUGCCAACUCAUGCUAACGCAGCAGUUGCAAACGUUUUGAGGAGAGACUGUCGGGGGCUGAGGGACAACGGAGAAAAAAAAAAUAACAGACACAGACUUGAGAACUUGACAAGUUGCGAGAAAGAGAGAGAGAGAGAAAAGAAGUGUCCGAGGACUAAAGCCAAGGGUAUCCAAGUUGGACUGGGUUGCGUCCUGACGGCGCCCCCAGUGUGCACGAGUGGGAAGGACUUGGCGCGCCCUCCCUUGGCGUGGAGCCAGGGAGCGGCCGCCUGCGGGCUGCCCCGCUUUGCGGACUGGCUGUCCCAGCGCAAACAGAACCUUAGACUUUUCUUUAACAUUGACCAAGAACUGCAUGGACCUAACAUUCGAUCUCAUUCAGUAUUAAAAGGGGGAGGGGGAGGGGUUGCAAGCUGCAAUAGAGACUGUAGAUUGCUUCUGUAGUGCUCCUUAAGAAUACAAAGCGGGAGGGGUCGAGGGGGGGAGGCGGGAGGGAGGUUUGUGAGAAUGCGGCUGAGCCUACAGAUGAACUCUUUCUGGCCUGCCUUCCUUAACUGUGUAUGUACAUAUAUAUAUUUUUUAAUUUGAUGAAAGCUGAUUACUGUCAAUAAACAGCUUCAUGUCUUUGUAAGUUAUUUCAUGUUUGUUUGUUUGGGCGUCCUGCCCAGUGUUGUUUGUAAAUAAGAGAUUUGGAGCACUCUGAGUUUACCAUUUGUAAUAAAGUAUAUAAUUUUUUUUA